AUGUCUGCUCCCGGAACAGAACAUCGAGCAAUACCAAAACACGAAGUCAUUAUAAAGUCGCCCGGAUGCUGGUUCUGCUGUGAGAGCUAUCCUUCGUACCAAACAAGCUGCGACAAAUGUAAUGGAGCCACCAUCCCUACGCGCGCAACUUCCCUGGACGGCGACCCAGUGAAAAUAGCCUGGGAUGUUUUCACAUUCCAUCACAAGGCAUCACUCUUGUACGAAAAUCUCAUCAACGAAGCGGGCGUACAAGAAGCACUGGACACCCUUGAAUCGCGAGGUUGUACCGUCAUCCAGAUUGUGUCUGAAGACAAGAAGCUCCUGCUGCGUCGAUACAAAUAUAACAAGGACAUCGUCUUGUCGAUUGAUUCUCAAGCUGUGCCUGCUGGUUCUAUGACUUUUGUCUCAAGAUUGAACUGGAAGAACGAUGACAACGAAAAAAGACGUGAGGAGCGGAAACGAGCUGUCCAAGAGUUCGUCAACAUGAUAUUGGCUUGA